ACCCGUCCCCCAGGAGGAAGCAGGGGCAGGUCAGGUGCAGGCUGGUUCCUGUGGGCUGGAAGCAGGUUCCUGGCCCAAGACUCCUGGCCACGCUCCGCCCCCAGGCUGCCCUGGGCUCCAGGCCGGCCACACAGCCGCCCAGCUUCCUUGAGUCCAGUGUCAUCACCUAGGAAACCAGACGCUGCUGCCACCGCCCGCCUGCAGGAACCGCCGGCCUCCGGGGCCACUUCCACCCGGCCCCACCGACCCUCCCGGGGCCAGGCCUGCCAAGUGUGAGCCGCCUUGUGGUGACCGGUGGUGGCGGCACGUGGGACAUGGCCCAGCCCUCCUCCUCCUCCGCCGCCCCUGACGAGGGGUCCACCUUCGAACAUCUUUGGAGCUCACUAGAGCCAGACAGCACCUACUUCGACCUCUCUCAGCCCAGCCAGGGGAACACGGAAGCCGUUGGCGGCGCAGAGGCCGGCAUGGACGUCUUCCAGCUGCAGGACGUGAGCUCUCCCGUCAUGGCCCAGUUCAAUUUGCUCAGCAGCACCAUGGACCCUAUGAGCAGCCGUGCGGCCCCUGCCAGCCCCUACACCCCGGAGCACGCCGCCAGCGUGCCCACCCACUCGCCCUACGCCCAGCCCAGCUCCACCUUUGACACCAUGUCGCCCGCGCCCGUCAUCCCCUCCAACACCGACUACCCUGGCCCCCACCACUUCGAAGUUACCUUCCAGCAGUCGAGCACGGCCAAGUCCGCCACCUGGACGUACUCCCCAAUGCUGAAGAAGCUCUACUGCCAAAUCGCCAAGACGUGCCCCAUCCAGAUCAAGGUGUCCACGCCCCCGCCGCCCGGCACCGUGGUGCGGGCCAUGCCUGUCUACAAGAAGGCGGAACAUGUGACAGAUGUCGUGAAGCGCUGCCCCAACCAUGAGCUCGGGAGGGACUUCAACGAGGGACAGUCUGCCCCGGCCAGCCACCUCAUCCGUGUGGAAGGCAACAACCUCUCACAGUACGUGGACGACCCUGUCACUGGCCGGCAGAGCGUCGUGGUGCCCUACGAGCCCCCACAGGUGGGGACAGAAUUCACCACCAUCCUGUACAACUUCAUGUGUAACAGCAGCUGCGUGGGUGGCAUGAACCGGCGGCCCAUCCUCAUCAUCAUCACGCUGGAGACCCGGGACGGGCAGGUGCUGGGCCGCCGUUCCUUCGAGGGCCGCAUCUGUGCCUGUCCUGGGCGUGACCGCAAGGCUGAUGAAGACCACUACCGAGAGCAGCAGGCCUUGAACGAGAGCUCAGCAAAGAAUGGAGUCACCAGCAAGCGCGCAUUCAAACAGAGCCCCCCUGCCAUCCCCGCCCUGGGUGCCAACAUGAAGAAGAGGCGGCACGGGGAUGAAGACCUGUACUACAUGCAUGUGCGGGGCCGGGAGAACUUCGAGAUCCUGAUGAAGGUCAAGGAGAGCCUGGAGCUGAUGGAGCUGGUGCCACAGCCGCUCGUGGACUCCUACCGGCAGCAGCAGCAGCAGCUCCUGCAGCGGCCGAGCCACUUGCAGCCGCCAUCCUAUGGGCCAGUCCUCUCCCCCAUGAGCAAAGCACACGUCGGUGUCAACAAGCUGCCCUCAGUCAACCAGCUGGUGGGCCAGGCUCCCCCACACACCUCAGCCGCCGGGCCCAGCCUGGGGCCCAUGGCCCCAGGAAUGCUUAGCAGCCACAGCCACGCCAUGCCCGCCAACGGCGAGAUGAACGGUGGCCAUGGCUCCCAGGCCAUGGUCUCAGGGUCCCACUGCACCCCACCACCCCCCUACCACGCCGACCCCAGCCUUGUCAGUUUUUUAACAGGGCUGGGCUGUCCGAACUGCAUCGAAUACUUCACCUCUCAGGGCUUACAGAACAUUUACCACCUGCAGAGCCUCACCAUAGAGGACCUCGGGGCCCUUAAGAUCCCCGACCAGUACCGCAUGACCAUCUGGAGGGGCCUGCAGGACCUGAAGCAGGGCCAUGACUGCGGCCAGCAGCUGCUGCGCUCCAGCGGCAACGCAGCUGCCACCAUCGCCAUCGGCGGCUCAGGCGAGCUGCAGCGGCAGCGGGUGAUGGAGGCCGUGCACUUCCGCGUGCGCCACACCAUCACCAUCCCCAACCGCGGGGGCCCCAGCGGGGCGGCCAGCGCCGACGAGUGGGCGGACUUUGGCUUCGACCUGCCUGACUGCAAGUCCCGCAAGCAGCCCAUCAAGGAGGAAUUCCCCGAGAGCGAGGGGCAUUGAGGCCAGCCGGACAGACAGGGCACUGGGCUGUGCCAACGGCCACAGCGAGGUCCUCCUGCCCAGCACCACUUCUGAGGGACAUCGCUGGCCGCAGGGGUGCCCAGGUCUGGAGGCCUCCUGCAGGCAGCCUGGACACUGGUCAGAACUGCUGAGCUGCCCAUGGUGUGCCUUUGAGGGCCAGGCUGGCUGGGCCCAGGCCCGGGGCAUCCUUGGUGCUGGGGACCACUGUCUCCUGCUGCCUGCCAACCAGUAUUGCCACGUCGGAGGACCGGGCAGCGGCCGAGGCCUGCGACUAGGGCACCAGGUUUGCAGAUGAAGGUGGAGGCCGAGUCUCUGCCUAAGGCCUCCUGUGGGACAGGAGUAUUGGCUCUGUCCCCAGCCCGCGUGUUCUGCAGGGACUGUGGUGACUUUCCUGCUUCUCACAAAAACCAGGUUUGCUGGAACUGGAGCCGGCUGUGGCUUCGAGGAAGCUGUUGGUCCUGGGGACCCCCCGCCCCCGAGCAGAUCAAAGGAUGGUUGUGCUCAGACUGCUAGAAGUUGUCAAUAUUUGAUAAAAUGAUGCGCUUUUCUAUACCUUG